ACAUCCUUCCGCUUUCGUCCCUGGAUUGGCGCAGACCAGAGUCCACGAUGGCCAACCCUGCGCUUCAACCAUACAUAUCGUACAUCGUCGCACAAAUCAGGUCAAACGUCGACUUUCUCGAACAGCAGAACUGCAUCUCGCCAGCGGACGCCUCCGCUAUCCGCGCCAAGCUUCCCGACCAUGACUCCCCCGCCUCCUCGAGCGAGAGCAUUAGCGACGUGAUCAACAACCUGAACAGCGUCAACGUAACGCCUGCAUGGUCGCCAACUCAGGCAAACCAGAGGUCGCCGGGCACGCAGUCUGCGCCGCCGCCGCCAAAACCGACUGUCAAAGCCCGGGCGCUCUGGGGCUACAACGAAGACGGUACCAUAUUGAAGGACCUCUCCUUCCGCACCGGGGACAUAAUCGAAGUCACGAACGAGAACAACUCGGACUGGUGGACGGGCACCUUCCGCGGACGUUCCGGCCUGUUCCCAGCGAACUACGUCGAGAAACUAUCCGCGCGCACUCCGUCUCCGACACCUACCUCCAUCUCUACCGAUACUGGAACUUCGUCGCCAGCUGCGACGGCCUACUCUGCGGCUUCCUCGCCGUACGGAGCGCCUCCGCCGCACACCUACUUCGUGCACCACGUGCCGCCUUACAGUCAGCAACAGCAGAUGGUGCCCGCCGCUGAGAAACCGGUGUACCGGCCCUACGGCGGCGGCUAUCCAAGUCAAGAAAUGUCUCCUCCGGCUCCUCCUGUGCAACAGCAGGUUAGUCCCCAGGAGGCCCCGGCACCAGACAAGAAGAAGCACAAAUUCGGCGCGCUCGGCAACACGAUGGCACAAUCGGCAGCUGGUGGUGUCGGGUUCGGUGCUGGCGCCGCCAUCGGCAGCGGCAUAAUCAACUCGAUCUUCUGAGUUUAAAGCAGUCGCGUAUAGUUCUCUGCAUCUUCCAUCGCGUUUUAGAUCGGACGCCUUCGACCUCUUGUCUCGCAUAUACAUCACACACCUACCUAAUGGAGCUCUCGCGAUCUCUCACCCCUGCUAGUCUCAUUCUUCUCGCAUAUUCAUCUUGUACUCUAGAACUCAUCUGCUUCAUACACAUAACUU